AUGGGUUCCGUCGUCCUCCCACAUUUGCGCACCGGCUGGCACGUCGACCAAGCGAUUCUCUCAGAAGAAGACCGACUCGUCUUGAUCCGCUUCGGACGCGACUCAGACCCAGACUGCAUGUCGCAAGACGAAGUACUCUACAAGAUUGCCGACCGCGUAAAAAACUUCUGCGCCAUCUACCUGUGCGACCUGGACGAAGUACCUGAUUUCAAAGCCAUGUACGAACUAUACGACCCGUGCACCGUCAUGUUCUUCUUCCGCAACAAGCACAUGAUGUGCGAUUUCGGCACGGGAAACAACAACAAGCUCAACUGGGUGUUGGAAGACAAGCAGGAGUUUAUAGAUAUUAUUGAGACGGUAUACCGGGGUGCGAAGAAGGGUAGGGGUUUGGUGGUUAGUCCCAAGGAUUACAGUACAAGAUACAGGUACUAG